AAAACACUUGGAAGCCUGCUUCGCGCCGAGUAUGUUGUUAACGGGAAGCUUUGAAGUCUUCGCUCUUAACCCGAUACCUGCAGUAUAAAGUGCCCCGUGAUUUGAAUACAUAUAUAAUACAUAGUAUAUGAAGUAAAUAAAGUUCACCUCAAGCAGCUAGGGACAGAAUUGAAUAUGGAUUUCGAUCGUGUGCUCGAGAAGUGCGGCAGCUUUAACCGCUUCCAAUUUGUCCUCUUGAUAUUGUACGGCUAUACAAAUAUACUCAGCUCGUUGCAUUAUUUCUCGCAAACACUCAUCACGUUUACGCCGGAACAUUGGUGCUCCCAUGAUGAUCUUCUUGGACUCAAUGCGGAAUCGAUACGCUCGAUUUAUUCAAAUGUAAGUCAACCCGCCUGCACACAGCUCGAUGGCGUCAUCAAUGGAACGGGCAUUGUGUCCAAUGGCGAAACCUGCCAGGAUUGGAUUUUCGAACGUGAAAGCGGCUACCAGAGCCUCACAACUGAGCUCCAGUGGGUCUGCGACAAAUCCCAUCAGCCGGCCGUAGGCCAAUCCUUCUUCUUUGUGGGCUCCGUGGUGGGUACCAUCACCUUUGGCUAUCUAUCGGACCGCAUUGGCCGGCUACCUACCUUGAUAAUGACAACAUUAGCUGGUGCUACCGGUGACAUGAUGACUUCCUUUGUGCACACCUUACCAUGGUUUGCAUUCUCGCGCUUUGUCUCUGGUCUCUCCACCGACACCAUGUACUAUUUGGUGUACAUUCUGGUGUUCGAGUACCUGAGUCCAAAACGUCGCACCUUUGGCCUCAACAUUAUUCUCGCCAUCUUCUAUUGCUUUGGACUGAUGACCUCCCCCUGGGUCGCCAUCUGGAUAGGCAACUGGCGUCAAUAUCUGUGGAUAGCUUCGUUGCCAGCUCUUGGGGUGCUCUGCUAUCCGCUGCUACUCUGUGAGAGUGCUCAGUGGCUGCUCACCAAACAGAGAUACGAUGAGGCAGUGAAGAGUCUCAAAUGGGUGGCCAGAUUCAACGGGAGACAGGUGGAGGACUCUGUGUUCGAUGAGUUUGUCAAGCACUAUCGCGAGAAGAUGAACGAGCAACAGAAGCUAACAAAUCAUGAGGAUACAUUUAUGGGAAUGUUUAGAACACCGCGUCUGCGUCGUUUCACGCUGACCCUGCUGCUGAAAUCGGUCAUCAUUACACUUUCUUACGAUGUGAUCAACCGCAAUAUGGAGGGUCUGGGCUCCUCUCCAUUCAAGCUAUUCUCGUACACAUCGAUCAACUAUUUGCCUGCAGGCUGCACAAUUCUCUUGCUCCAAAACAUUAUCGGGCGGAAGGGAAUGGCCUGUGGCGCGUUGCUGGUGGGCGGAAUUAUAACCACAGUAACGGGUUUCAUUAUUGCCUUUAUGGAUCCGAAAGAGAAUGCCAUUCUGCUGGCUGUUAUGAUCGGUUUGGGUCGCUACGGAGCCACGGUCUCCUAUGAUGCGGAAAUCCAAUACGCUGCCGAGAUAAUCCCAACCAGUGUCAGGGGGAGGGCAGUGUCCAAUAUACAUGUCGUUGGCUUGGCCUCCAGUACGAUGGCUUUCUAUGUGAUCUACUUGGCCCAAUUUUACAAGCCACUGCCAUCAAUUUUCAUAAGUAUUUUGAUGUUCAUUGGUGCUGGCUUAUGCCUGACGCUUCCUGAAACUCUGCACAAAAAACUACCGGAGAACUUGGCCGAUGGUGAGAAAUUCGCCAUGAACGAGGGUUACUUGUACUUUCCCUGCUUUAAAAAGCAUCGCGAAAGCGCGUCCCAGUGCACCGAAGAGAAGUCAGAAGCUUAGUACUAGGCUUAAACUGAAUCUGAUGUAGAUAACAAAUAACCUGAAGAUGAGCUUAACGUAAAGUUAGUUCCUGUAACAGAAUGGUCUGAUAAGUAUUAUUCAUGCCAAGGAUGCAUAGUAAUACAGAUGUAGCUGAUAAAUUACACAAUACGUGUUCCACUUAUAGUAUUCCUACUGUACUUAAACUGAACUAAGAAAACCCCUUUGUAUACCUCCUACCAUUUAACCUUAAAGUGUAUACCAACAACUUCAAGUAAAUAAAUAAAUAUUUGCUUUUAAUAUAACAAUAAGAAA